AUGAGGGACCUGCUGAACCCUUCCAACCAGGCCUUCUGGGGGGAGCGAAUAAAGAAGGAGGUGGUUAUUCGGACCACCUGGAAUGCCCGCUAUGGACACAAGUACCUGAAAGAGGGGUCCAAGACCAAGGCCAGAAGUCAGGCCCGGCAGGCCCCUUUUGGGUCAGUCUUGAAAGCAGGCCCAUUGCCUUCCAAAAGCUCCCCUGUCAGAAAAGAGGCACGAAUAGGAUGGACAGAGACCAGCGGAGUCCUGGGAAACAGAGUGUGGCAGGCCAGAAAAAGUCUUCAGCACACAGCAGCUCAGGGUAGGCCAGAGGACUUAGAAAUGAAGCCUCCCACCUCAGCGACUCUGAAGCUGCUCUUCCAAGGCAUCUCCCAUGACGGCCAGGGCCGGACCCUGUACCUCAGGGAGCGGCAUCAAGUGAUACCGGAGAAGAAGUACAAGUACCCGAUGGUGUCUUCCUGGGAGUAUGGCUGGCACGUGGGGGAUGUCAUGAAGGACUACAAGACACCAGCUCAUGCCAAAACUCAUCCCAUCUCAAAGUCAUUUUACAUCAAAAAUGGCAUUUUCCCUAAUCCACGGCGAUCAGAUGACAUCAUGUGA